GUUACCCUCAUGCAGUAAAAGCAUCGAAGAAGACACACAAAAAAAUGAUGCCGCUUCUAGGUACUGUCUUUCUAUAGCAGUCUCAGCCUAAAAUAGCAAUUUAACACUGUCAUGUUAAGCGUUGGAUAAAUAGUUAAAAGGCAGAAUUUCAGUAUAUCAAUUAAGGAGCACUCGUGUCCCCGGAAAAGGGGACAUCAGAGCCAUGGCAACUGCGCAGUCUGUUGUAACGUUUGCAGUGUGCAUCCUCAUGAUAACAGAGCUGAUACUUGCCAGAAAGGACUACUAUGAUAUACUGGGGGUGCCUAAAGAUGCUACUGAGCGACAAAUAAAAAAGGCUUUCCACAAGCUUGCAAUGAAAUAUCACCCGGAUAAGAACAAGAGCCCAGACGCUGAAGUGAGAUUCAGGGAAAUUGCAGAAGCUUAUGAAACAUUAUCAGAUGAAACUAAAAGAAGAGAAUAUGACCGGAUUGGUGACACCUCUGCAUACUUCACCGGGGAGACGCAAGGCAGACAUAGACAGGGUGCCAACCAACCCUUCACCUUCAAUUUCGAUGACAUUUUCAAGGACUUUGACAUCUACAGUCAGAACAGGCACACCCGUCACCGUAGACACUUUGAUGAACACUCCAGGUCCCACAAGGAGGCCCACGGCAGACAAAAGAGACACUUUCAUGGAAGUUUUGGAGCGGGUAUCUUUGAUGACAUGUUUGACGACAUAGAAAGAAUGUUUACUUUUGAUGGGCACACCAAACAGACUGAAAACAGGUUUCAUGGUGCAUCAAAACAGCACUGCAGAACAGUGACUCAGCGUAGAGGAAACAUGGUAACCACAUACACAGACUGUACGGCAUCUUAAGAUGCAAUGUGAAAUUACCUCUGACUCAAAAUUGCCUUAAGGGAAUACAGUACUGUUGUACUGAUAAGGUGACAGAAAGCCAUUUGGAUCAAAUGCUGUGAAAUUUGAACAGUGACAUUGAGAUCUGACAUUCAGGCACAGAUUGACAGUGAUCAUUCAGUUUACUUAGUUUAGGCCUAAAUUCAAAUAAGCUAUGUUUUGUUAAAUCUAUUCCCUGUGUGUGCUCAUGGACUUGUACAUGAUUGUAGUGGUUUUUCAAUUAUGGUUGAAGAAAUCAGAAACAGAGUAUGUUAUCAGUAUUUUUAAGCACCUUUUUUGAUAGUGAAAUUUGUUAAGUUUACUGUUUGGUAAAAUAAAACAAUCAUACUGAAUUUGGCACAGGAAUACCCAUGUGUAAGUUCAUCACUAGCUCACUACUUCCACUUUUUUUUUUGUACUGUGUUUACUUUUAGUUUCUAUUGUAUAGGUUUUGUCGUGGUAGGCCUCAAAACACAACGGAAGGUAGAAACAAUUGCAGCCAGUGGGGUUUUGCUUAUGGUUGUCAAAUGGGGAGCCAAGUCAACAAAAAUCCUCUUUGUUUGUUUAACUGGUGCUACUACAUCUAGUCAAAAAUAUUCAUCUACUCUAAACUGUCAGUCACGCUUUUUGAACAUAAUACAUUUUAACAUUUGUGAUUUAUUUUCCAUCAGUGCAAAGUAUCCAUCAGUUAAAGUAGGAUUGUAGAUACCUGAAAUAGAAAACUCAAUUAGACAUCCAGAUUGAGGCCACGUUUGAAACCAUUUCAAAACCAUUUACAAAUCACACUCCUAAUAUUUUAUAGAUGCAGAGUGUUACAUCAUAAUUAAAAAUUCCAGUGCUUGAAAUUGAACUAAAAAUCCUCAAAUGUAGGUCUUUGAGAACUUUUGACUGGCGUGUUAGACAAACCAAAACGAAUGUUUUAUGUGUAACUUACAGACCGUUUUCCUAAUAUAUCUGUUACCUCGUACCUUUUAAACAAGUUAGUGACCUUCUGCACUGUAGUGUGCAGUUCAUUUCCUCAUGUGCAUCAUGUUGUAAAAUUUCCAAUAGCACUUUUAAUUUUGUAUACUUAAAAAAUAAAAAGUAGACACUAAA